AUGAGCCUGCCGCGGGGCGCGUGGGCCGAGGGCGGCCACGAGCGGGGGGCGCCGGAGCCGCCGGGGCCCGAGGGGGGCGGCUGCGGCUUCGCCCCGGGCUGGCUGGGCGUGUGCUGCGCCGCCCGCCUGCCCGCCGCCUCGCCCCGCUACCUGCUGUCCGGGGAGGAGGAGGAGGCGGCGGAGGGCAGCGCUGCGCGGGGCGGCGGGAGCAGCCCCGGCGGGGCGCGGGGCACAGCGGCGGGCAGCGGCCGGCCGCGGGGCGGCGGUGGGCCCGGCCUGCGGGCGCAGGUGAGCGGCGUGCAGAAGCAGCGGCGGCUGGCGGCCAACGCGCGGGAGCGGCGGCGGAUGCAUGGGCUGAACCACGCCUUCGACCAGCUGCGCAAUGUCAUCCCCUCCUUCAACAACGACAAGAAGCUCUCCAAGUACGAGACGUUGCAGAUGGCGCAGAUCUACAUCAGCGCCCUGGCCGAGCUGCUGCACAGCCCCGCCGCCCCCCCUGACACGCCCGGCAAGUCGGAGCACCGCGGCGCUCCCUUCGAGCCGCCCUGUGCCGCGGGGGCCGGGCCGCCCCCGGGGCCGCCCGCACCGCAACCGGGGCCGCCCAGAGCCUCCCCCCCAGGGCACGGCAGGACUCGCUUUCCGCCGCCGCCGGCCGUGGGUGGUUACUCGGUGCAGCUCGACCCGCUGCACUUCCCUUCCUUUGCGGAGGGCGCCCUGAUGGGACAGAGAGCCCCUUCCCCCGCCCUCCUUAUGCCGCAGCCCGGCCAGCCGCCGCAGGAGAGGAGCAAGACGUCGCCCCGGUCCCACAGGAGCGACGGGGAGUUCUCGCCUCGCUCCCACUACAGCGACUCGGACGAGGCCAGCUAG